AUGGCGUUACAAGGGCUUGACGAUAAAUCACAAGUGUUAACGGCUUCAGUUUUCUGGUACUUUACAUGGAAAGAUGAAAUAUUCAGAUGGGACAAUAACACCGAAUAUAAGAACAUAUCAAGACUGACAGUUAAAGUAAGCGAUGUAUGGGUUCCCGAAAUAUAUAUUGUAAACGAUGUAAGGGACAUGCCAAUUAGAAGUUCUGGAUAUAAUAAAGAUUAUGUGAUUGUCAGAUCAAACGGUUAUAUGACAUGGUUUCCAGCAAAAGAAUUGCAAACUUCAUGUGCAAUUGACAUUACAAAAUAUCCUUUCGAUACACAGACAUGCAAAAUCCGAAUGGAGACCUGGUAUCAUGACAACACAAGCUUUGUUCUCAACACAAUUGGAUCAGGAAUAGGAUUAUCGGAAAUUCAUUUUGUUGAAAAUGGAGAAUGGGACAUUCUCAAUUUAUCAGCAUAUCCAUUUGAGUAUCAGGAAGAUUUUGCAGACAAUUCGUCCGCUUAUUCAUGUAUACAUUAUACCCUUAUUUUGAAAAGACGGCCCUCUUACCAUUUGAUUACAACAGCGUUUCCGUUUGUAAUUUUAAUGGCAAUUAAUUUAUUGGUGAUCGUCAUUCCAACAGAAUGUGGCGAAAAGCUUGGAUUCUGUAUGUCACAGUUUUUAACAAUGAUUGUUUUUCUUACGUUGAUAGCACAAAACAUGCCUUCCUCGUCAUUGACGAUAUCUUAUCUCACAUUUCUCAUCAGCUUGCAGAUUUUGGUAAGUGGAACUACAAUUUUAAUAGUCGCAACAAGUAUCUAUUUACAAACCCGAAGCAUUGAAGAUAGACCUUCAUUUGUAGUAGGAAUAAUUUUUAGUCCACUGAGAUAUUUCAAGCAGAACUAUUUUAAGAAAAGUUUUACACUAGCUCAGGAUUCUAGACACGAAGGCUUUAUCACAUGGCUUGACAUUGACAGAAAACUGAACUGUGGUUUGAAUAUUUUACUUUUACUGAAUGUGAUCGCUACUGUGUCCGUAUUUGUAUUUGUGAUUAAUUAA